AUGCCCCAUCCGUCCAGCAGCCCACCUCGAAUUGACCCCUUCCGAGUCCCGCUCCUUCCCGUCUCCUCCUCCUCCGCCUCCUCGCCCAACGCCUACGCAGCCGACAAGAACUACCACCCCUCUCCGAGUGCGGCGCAAGGCAGGCAUGUACGGAGACCAGCCGGCACGGGGAUAGGGAGGUGGUGGACCGCCUUGGUCGGAUUCGUUGCAGGAGGAAGGAGAGCGCCGUUCGUACUCGCCUUUAUAGCGCUCGUCCUUCUCGUCGCGCUCGGGCGCUACUCUCCACCAGCUUCAUCCCUCUCCCUCCCCUCCACUCUGCGCGCUCUCUCCUCGCCCUCCUCCUCUUCACCGCCAAAACCGCCCGCGAAUCUCUCAGCCCUCUUUGACCGCGCCUCUCAGCCCCUUCCUCUUCAUGCCUCGACACUCGAGCGCCUAGAUGAGUGGGAACAUGGAGCGCCGGGGUGGGAAACCGAGCCUGCUGAUUGGGUGACUCGGAACCUCCUUUCUUGCCCGCCUCAUCGUAUAAGACCAAACCAAAACGGCCAAUUGCUCGACAAAGCGCUCUUCUUGUAUGCGAGUAUGAACACGAGUAGGGUCUUGAAGUUGAGGGGCGAGAUGGUGAGGUAUUUGAGGGAGAGGGAGGGGGAGGGAGCGAUGGGAGGGAGUAGGUGGGGGGAGGGGAAGGGCCUAGUCUUCACAGCCGGCAACGCCGACACCUUUUCCCGCGUCCUCACCACCCUCAAACUCCUCAACUCCACCUACCUCGCCUCCCCCAUGCCCGCGGAGAUCUUUUCGUUCCCCGGAGAGGAACCGGAUGAGGAGACGAGAGCGGAGUUGGAGCGGUUGGGGGCGAGGUUGAGGGUUGUGAGGGAGGCGUGGAGGGGGGAGGGGAGGAGGAAGAACUACCACAUCAAAGCAACAGCCAUCAUCCGCUCUUCGUUCCGCGAAGUCCUCUACCUCGACUCGGACAACAUACCCGCCGCUUCUUUACUCCCUCUCGAGGUGUACGAGUCGCAUGGGGGGAACGGGACGCACGGGGAGGAGGCGCGGGAGACGGCGGGGUUGUGGGAGGCGAAAGCGUAUAAGAGGCUCGGAGCGAUGUUCUGGCCGGACUACUGGCGCACGCAUCCUAUCAACCCCAUUUGGGCCGUCAUCGGCGUUCCAUGCCGCGACGAAUGGGAAAUGGAAGCCGGCACCAUCUUGAUCGACAAGAGUCGCCACCUCGAUGCGCUUUUGCUUGCGGAGUGGAUGAUGAGUAGUGAGAGGUUCGAGUAUUGGUUCAAUUUCUCAGACGGCGACAAAGACAUCUUCCGAUUCGCCUUCCUCGCACUCCGCAAGCGCUGGGGCGUCCCAGGGCGGUACGUGAGCGUUGGCGCUCUGCCUCGAGACACUGUCUCGGGCUUCUGCGGACACUCGAUGCUGCAGAAUGAUCACCUGGGCAAACCGCUGUUCGUCCAUGCGAAUUUGUUGAAACAGAUCUCGUCAGGCGUCGGGAAGGGCUUCGCAUGGGGCCGACACCGCCAACUACGCACCCCACCCUCCUCGCUCUCACUCCAAGGUCUCCCCCUCACGCCCUCGCACAAACUCGAGCUCGAAGACCCACUCACGGACGACGAUAUCGACUGUGACAUGAUUGCGGAUGUCGGGUACGAUGGGUUCCCUGCGAGGGGGAGGGAGAGGGUUGAGGGCCAUCCGCAGGAGGUGAGGAUUCGGAGGAGGGCGGUGUGGGAGAAGGGGAUCAGGGCGGGCUUCAAAGGAGGCGGGAUGUUUGCGCUCUGCAUCGACAUCCGCUUCGACGACCCCCGCUCCGACGACGAAACCUGGAGCGCCAAACUCUCCGUCGCCUCUUCCUCCCCCAACCCCUCUCGACUCCCUCUCGAAGCCCUCGCAGCAAACGUCGACGUGUCGUACACCGCCGCGCCGGACGGGUUCGAGCUAAAGUUCUGGCAGGACGAGGUGCUCGAGGUUGUGCAUUGGGCGGAUGUGCUGAGAUUGAAGGGAUUCGAGGAGGCGUUCUUUGAGGUCGGCGGAAAAGUCAACGGCGAGGGUUUCUGA